UACGAUUUUUACCUGGUAAAGAACCAAAAGUCUCUGAUGAUUACUCUGGAAGGGUUGAGUUUCUUGAGAAAUACUCUGUGAAAUUGAAGAAUCUACAAGAGGCAGACAGUGGAGUUUAUACUGUAGUAGUGUCUGGGGAUACAGAUAAACAAAUAACUGGAUAUAAGAUCACAGUUCAAGGUGAGUUUAUUAACAAUCAGACACUGAUGGAGAGUUUCUGCUGCCAUGUUUCUAAAACCUCUCCACCUGCCUCUCCCCCCUCAGAUCCAGUGUCUCCAGUUAAACUGUCAGUGGACUCUGUGUCUAGCAGCUCAGACUGGUGUAACCUGACAGUGAGCUGCAGAGCACAGGACUCUCACAUUAACAGCACCUUUAGAUGUCUCAACCACACCUGCAGUCAGGAGGGAGGAGAGAGAUCACAGGGCACACCCUCUGCUGUUGAUCUCCAUGUCUACCUGUCCACUGGCUCCAUCAUCUGUAACCAUAGCAACCAGGUCAGCUGGACCAAGGACAUCAAAAUAAUUAAACAUUUCUGCCCACGACUUGCUGAGUCUGAACCCACAAUCAUUGUUACUGCCCUUGUGCUUGGUGUUAUCGGCAUAGUUUUCAUUUGCAUCUUAAUUGUUGCAGCAGUUCGAUAUUUUCGAAAGAGAGAAAAGAAUGAAACAGAAAGCAGGGAGAAUACAGUAUAUGAAGUUCCUCAGGUCAGACCUAGAGCCUUACCUCAGAUUGAGAGUGAAGUUAUAGGUCUUUCUCCAACCUCCACCUACUGCUUGGUAGGGCCUCACACUGGAUCUGUGGAUUCCAGUACGACAAGAGGCACGACUCUGCCAGAGAGUCUUUACGCUCAGGUGGAUAAACCUGCCAGGUCCUUAAACAAGUAAUCAGCAUGGUGUUCUACAUACUGCACUGGCAGCAAUUUACAGUUUUUAUUUAAGUGUUGCCCAAGCUUUCGAUGUUUAAGUUCAUGUGACCUGCUCUGGUAUGGAAAGAUGGCUUAUUGUAGUGUACCUUAUUGUAAACACUUUACAAUAAGGUACACAAAAAUGUAGAUAGUUACUGAGGAAUGAAUGAGGAACGAAUGGUUAGUCAAUGAGUAGUUACUGAUUGAGUGUUGUUUGGUUAAUAUUUGUGUGUGUGUGUGUGUGUGUGUGUGUGUGUGUGUGUGUGUGUGUGUGUGUGUGUGUGUGUGUGUGUGCUAUUUUUGUGUUUUUUUUUUAAGCCCGCGUGUGUGCUUGCAUGCUUGCAUGUAUGUAUUGUUACAAACGCGCUAAAAUAACCGUAAUAAAAACUCAUCUAAGUGAAUGGAGCGAUUGUUAGAAAAUGUAUAUAUUCUUGUGUGUCUCAAUAAACCUUAAGAACAGUGUGAACU